AUGCCCUCGGUGCUGCCUGCUCCCUCCGGCAGGGAAGGACGGCAAGGACAAGGGGCAGAUGGAUGGAGACAAGGCUGGGAACGGCCGGCAGAACCCCUCAAGCAGCUUUGCCAAGAGCACCAGGAAGCCCUGGAGAGGUUCUGCGUGGAGGACCAAAGCCCCGUCUGCCGGCACUGCGCCGAGUCGCAGGCUCACCGUGCCCACGCUACCGUUCCCCUUGAGGAGGCUGCCGCGGAGUACAAGACGAAGCUGGAGGCAGCUGUAAAACUCCUGCAGCAGCAGAAGGCGGAAGCGUGGCGCUUGAAAUCCCAGGAGGAAGAGAAGCUGGCUGAGUGGAAGAAUAAAACUUCCAGAGAGAGCGAGAAGAUCAACAAGGAGUUUGAGAAGCUGCACAGCUUCUUGGACGAGGAGGAGGAGGAGCUCCAGCGGAGGCUGAAGCGGGAGACGAAGGACACGGCCACCAAGCUACGCAGCAACGUCGCCCAGAUGACCAAGCAGAGCCAGGCACUGGAUGACCUCAUCGAUGAGAUCAACAAGAGGUGCCAGCAGCCAGCUUUGGGGCUGCUGAAGGACAUGGAAAGCUUGCUGAACAGGAGCGAAACUAUCCGGGCGCUGAAACCGGCAGCUCUUCCCACCGAGCUGCGGGGCGCGUAUGAUGUUCCCACCGGCGGCAUUUUUCAGUUUCUAAACCGAUUUAAAGCUCAGAAGACCUCAGAAAAACCAGGCUUGGAGGCACCUUCUCAGGGCGUAGCGAAGGCCAGCAGCUCCCAAAGCGGAGUGCGAUCGUCUGGGUCUCCACACCUUGCGGUCCUGGAAGUAGGCGCUGGGCAGCAGAUAGCACCGUCCCACCCUAGUUCUGACCUUCUUCUGCUCUUCCUUCCAGUGGACGUGACCUUGGACCCCACCUCUGCGCACCCCAGCCUCCUCCUGUCCGAGGACGGCAGGAGCGUGAGUCACGGGGGUGCACGGCAGGACCUGCCGGACCACCCCGAGAGGUUUGACCCGUACGUCUUCGUGCUGGGAUCUCCAAGGAUCGCGUCCGGAAGGUGCUACUGGGAGGUGGAGGUGGGAGACAAGACCGAGUGGGAUAUCGGGGUGUGCAGGGAGGCUGUGAAGAGGAAGGGGAAAGGUCCUCUCUCCCCACUGGCGGGCUUCUGGAGGAUGUGGUUGAGGAACAGCAACCAGUACAAGGUCCUGCUCACCCACCCCAUCACCCUUUCCGUCCGAGCAAAGCCCAGGAGAGUGGGGAUCUACCUGGAUUACAAAGGCGGGGAAGUGACCUUCUACAACGCCACCGACCAGACCCACCUCUACACCUACAGCGGGGUCUUCGCCGGUGUCCUGCGACCCUUCUUCAGCCCCGGCUUGUCCCAGGGAGGGAGCAACACCGAGCCCCUCGUGGUCCGCCCGGCCGCCGAGCAGGGAUAA